CUGAGUGAGCGAGCGGGUGGUGCGGGCGGUGGUGGGGCGAGGCGGCGGCGGCGAGAACUCACGCGUACAUACAGCUCGCGCGAUGAGUCUUUGUCUUUGACCGCAGAGUGGAGGGGAUACUGCGCAUGGGGAUACUUCGAAGCCAACGACAUCCACAACAACAGAAUCGCCGGUUUCGAAGUGAAGGCCGGCGCCAAUCCUACGGUGGUUCACUGCGAGAUACAUCACGGUCAAACGGGCGGUAUCUACGUUCACGAGUCAGGACUGGGGCAGUUCAUAGAUAAUAAGAUACACUCAAACAACUUCGCCGGCGUCUGGAUCACCUCAAACAGCAACCCCACCAUACGACGCAACGAAAUAUACAACGGACACCAGGGCGGAGUUUAUAUAUUCGGGGAGGGGCGCGGACUUAUUGAACACAAUAAUAUAUAUGGGAACGCCUUGGCCGGAAUACAGAUUCGCACAAACAGUGAUCCUAUAGUGAGGCACAAUAAGAUCCACCACGGUCAGCACGGCGGGAUAUACGUGCACGAGAAGGGCCAGGGGCUGAUCGAGGAGAACGAGGUGUACGCGAACACACUGGCCGGCGUGUGGAUCACGACCGGCUCCACGCCCGUGCUGCGCCGCAACCGUAUACAUUCGGGGAAACAGGUCGGCGUAUAUUUUUAUGACAACGGCCACGGGAAGUUGGAAGACAAUGAUAUAUUCAACCACCUGUACUCCGGAGUACAGAUUAGGACCGGCAGCAACCCCGUGAUACGAGGGAACAAAAUAUGGGGCGGACAGAACGGGGGAGUAUUAGUGUACAAUGGAGGGCUCGGGCUGCUGGAACAGAACGAAAUAUUCGAUAACGCGAUGGCCGGGGUGUGGAUAAAGACUGAUUCAAAUCCAACAUUAAAGAGGAACAAGAUCUUCGAUGGCAGAGACGGUGGCAUCUGCAUUUUUAAUGGAGGAAAGGGUGUGUUAGAAGAGAAUGACAUUUUUCGGAACGCUCAGGCCGGCGUGUUAAUCUCCACACAGAGUCACCCUGUACUCCGUAGGAAUAGAAUCUUCGACGGCCUGGCCGCUGGCGUCGAGAUAACAAACAAUGCUACGGCGACUCUCGAACACAAUCAGAUAUUUAAUAAUCGGUUUGGAGGAUUGUGUUUAGCGUCGGGCGUGUCGCCGCUGGUGCGGGGCAACAAGAUCUUCAGCAACCAAGACGCUGUAGAGAAGGCUGUCGGCGGCGGACAGUGCUUGUACAAGAUAUCCUCCUAUACCUCCUUCCCGAUGCAUGAUUUCUACAGAUGCCAGACAUGUAACACGACUGAUCGUAAUGCCAUAUGUGUCAACUGCAUCAAGACAUGCCAUUCUGGACAUGACGUGGAAUUUAUACGCCAUGACAGAUUUUUCUGCGACUGCGGCGCCGGGACUCUGUCCAACCAGUGCCAGUUGCAGGGCGAGCCGACCCAGGACACAGACACACUGUACGAUUCCGCCGCGCCGAUGGAGUCUCAUACGCUAAUGGUAUUCUGA